AUGGAAACAUAUUCUCGUUUUGGUAGCAAAAUUAAAUAUGCUAUUUUGCAAUCAGCUGUAAAUGUUUUCUUACUUUCAAAUGAUAAUAAUGGUGAACCUCCAGAAAAGCUAGCUGGUAUGGUUACUAAUGGUACUAAUUGUCUUGAUGCUGAUAUUACAAUGGUGUUGGGCAAAUUUAAUAGACAUGAUAUCACUUUUACCAUUGUUGCUUGCAUUUAUACAUAUAUUUUAACAACGGCUACCGGUACAAGAGGAGCGAUAAAGCAAAGUGGUGCGAAUCUUUUAUCAUACGAAUUAAUUACUAAUUCACCAACACGAAUACGAAAUAAAAAAUUAAACGAUAUUUUAUCUAUACAAGAAAUAGAAACAACCUCAAUGGAAACUCGCCAACUUCACUCAAGUCAAAAAGAAGCAAUGAAGAAAAUUGCUGAAUUUUCAGGAGAAGAUAAUGAACUUGAUAUUGAUGAAUGGUUAUUUGAUUUAAAUAAUUUAUUUUCAGUAAUGAAAUUAAAGGAUGAAACCAGAAAUCUUGAAAGAAUGGGCAAAUUAACAGGACCAGCACUACGAUGGAAGUACCGACAAUUUAUUACUGAACAACAAGUUAUUACGGUAUUACCGAAUGAUGUUAAAAAUUCAUUAAAACAACAUUUAAUUCGUAAUGAAAGAGACAUUAAAAAGCCAGAACAAUGGUUGCAAGUUGCCAGAGAAGAAGAAUAUAUACAAAAACGACUUCAACAAAAAAUUAAUUCUUCAAAUCAUGAACCGAAAAAUACACCAUUUUUUGAACAUACAUUACCAACAGCAACAAUUCAACCAACAUCAACAAAUGUUCACCCAUCAAAUCAACAACCAUUUACGUCACGUCAUUAUUAUAAAAAAGAGCAUCAACAGCAAUCAACAUCAACAAAUAAUCGAACAUAUUCAAAGCAAAGUAAUUAUUUAACUUCUCAACACAAUCGAAAAGAUUAUCCAGGAAACAAAACACAACAAUCAAAUCCAUGUUUAAUAUGCAAUAAGAACAAUCAUACAACAACUAAAUGUUUUUAUAAGAAGAACAACGGCUGUUUUAAAUGUGGACAAUCAAAUCAUCAAAUACGUGAUUGUCCUCAACAACAUUUUUUCGAAUAA